AUACCUCAAUCGAAUUUGGCAAUGGAAGAAGAUGAGAAGUAUGGAGUACAAGAAGAAACGUUUGAAAUGGUAACAUCGAUAUCACCAUCUGCGAAUGCGGUUGAAACGGGUAUGCAAUUUUUAGAAGGGGAAAAAAUGAAAUCGAAUGUGACAAACGCCUGUAUGAUGUACUCGAAAGAAAAGAAACGUUUGGCGUGCAUUCCUUGCGGUCACCUGGCAGCGUGUGUGAGCUGUGGUCAAUCUGUUCGCACUUGUCCUAUAUGCCUACGUGAAAUCACGUCUGCAUUUAACAACGAUUAG